GACACGGGGCAGGCAGCAGGGUGUUUGAGCUACCGAGACAUAGCAAGCAGUGCAGGUCAUUGACUCACUCACUGGGAGGCACACCACCACUGACUUGUCCCUAUCAAUGUAUCAGUGUAUGGGGGACACUCCACCACUGUAUGGAGUAUGGUGUUAUGAUGGGUGACCAAGUGGUGGACAUCAAUGUUGCUACAGUGGAGGACCUGGAGACCUUGGUGGGUGUGGGCCGAGCCAAGGCCGAGGCCAUUGUUAACACCCGCACUUCAAUGGUGGAGUUCGGCAGUGUGGAGGACUUGCUGGCAGUGCCGGGCAUCGGACGGAGUCUGAUUGAACAAAACCGUGUGUGUCUGGUGUGCCGGCCGCUGUCCGGGGCUGGCACGGCACCGCUCACCCGACAUGCCGCUGCCCGCCGCAGCCUGCGCCGGGCCUCCCAUGACACCCGGCCACGCCCGGAGCCCCAGCAUGAGCCCCAGGCGGAGGGACCCGUCACUGGUGGCCGGCUGUCCCGUGGGGCCACCAGGGAGCAGGCUGGGGAACACUCCUGCCCCACCAGGCUGCCGGGAUCCGGCCGCCGGGCAGACCCCCGCCCCCGGGAAGACUCUCCCCAGGAGGGAGUAGAGGGGGAGGGAAGGAGCUUAGUGCCAGAGGAGGAGGGGAGUGACUGCUGUGAUUGCUGUGGGGGAGGAGGAGCAGUGGGGCAGCAGGACCCCAGCAACACAGGCCCUGGGGAGGAAGGGGAGCAGGAGGGGGAAGAGGGCCUGGGGAGCUGUGUGGGACAACCUGUGCGGCGUGAACUUCACUGUGGGUGUAGUGAAGCUUUGAGUGGUGGUGGUGGUGGUGGUGGCGGUGGUGUUGGUGGCAGUGGUGGGGGGAGUGGGGGACUGGGUACUGAUACCCCCCACGAGGACACACCCCCCCGGACCUGCCCCUCCAGGUGCCUCCCCUACUCGUCAUCCUCCUCCUCUGACGGGGAGGAGCCGGGCGAGGGGCAGGACGAGGACAAUGAGGAUGAGGAGGAUGAGGAGGACGAGGAGGGCCACAUGGACGAGGAUGGCCUGGAGGAGGAGAGUGACCACUGCAUGACUGUUGACCUGCCAUGCUCACCCUCAGGGGACAAGAAGCAGAUCAAACGCAAGUCAGAGGUUUGUUCUGACUCCAAGGGUGUGUGUCCUGUGAAGAAGUCAUGCAAGGCAGUGGAGCACAGGUGGUGGGAGAACAGCCGCAGGAAGGUGAGUGGUCUGGCAGGCCACAAGGUGUCGCCGCCCCCGGCCGGCCUCAAGUCCUGGCUGGCCAAGUACCAGACGUGGUCGCCCGCCCAGAAGCGCUAUGCCCUCGACUCUCUCAUCGACGUCUGUGAUCUUAAUGAGGUGCGUCACCUCCACCAAAUCAUCCUGCCCCAGUUCCAGCGGGACUUCAUCUCCUUGCUGCCAAAAGAACUCGCUCUCUACGUUUUAAGCUUCCUCCCCCCGAAGGAUCUCCUGAGGGCAGCUCAGACCUGCAAAUACUGGAACAUCCUGGCAGCUGAUAAUCUCCUGUGGAGAGAGAAAUGCCGGGAGGCUGGCAUAGAGGACCACAUGGUGGUGAUGGACCGCCGCCGCCGCAAGGGCACCAGCAUGAGCCACGUGUCUCCAUACAAGACUGCCUUCAUGCGGCAACACAAGAUAGAGAUGAACUGGCGCAUGGCCAGCCUGCGGCCCCCACGGGUCCUCAAAGGGCAUGAUGAUCAUGUCAUCACCUGCCUACAAUUCUCGGGGAACACCAUCGUAUCCGGCUCUGAUGACAACACCCUCAAAGUCUGGAAUGCCACUUCUGGCAAGUGCAUGCGGACCUUGACGGGACACACGGGCGGCGUCUGGUCAUCCCAGAUGUCUGGCAACUUGAUAGUGAGUGGCAGCACUGAUCGGAUGCUGAGGGUGUGGGACGCUGACACUGGUGAGUGCUACCACAUCCUGUACGGCCACACCUCCACCGUCAGAUGCCUCCACCUUCACGGGAACAAGGUGGUGAGUGGGUCCAGGGAUGCCACACUGCGGGUUUGGGACGUGCGCACCGGUGCCUGUGAGCGUGUGCUGGUGGGCCAUGUGGCAGCGGUGCGGUGUGUGCAGUACAAUGGGAGGCUGGUGGUGAGCGGGGCGUACGACUACAUGGUGAAGGUGUGGAAUGCUGAGCGUCAGGAAUGUCUCCACACCCUGCAGGGACACACCAACAGGGUCUACUCUCUCCAGUUUGAUGGUGUCCACGUGGUGAGUGGCUCGCUGGACACCAGUAUCCGAGUGUGGGAUGUGGAGACUGGACAGUGCCGCCACACCCUAAUGGGACACCAGAGCCUCACAUCAGGCAUGGAACUCAAAAACAACAUCCUUAUAUCCGGCAAUGCUGACUCCACUGUCAAGGUGUGGGACAUUGUGACCGGCCGGUGUCUGCAGACUCUCUCAGGGCCCAAUAAGCAUCGGUCCGCAGUCACUUGCCUCCAGUUCAACAACAUGUUUGUGGUGACGUCUUCAGACGAUGGGACAGUGAAGCUGUGGGACGUGCGGACCGGGGAGUUCCUCAGGAAUCUGGUGGCCCUGGAGUCGGGGGGGUCGGGGGGAGUGGUGUGGCGCAUCAGAGCUUCAGACACUAAGCUGGUGUGUGCGGUGGGCAGCAGGAACGGGACCGAGGAGACCAAGCUGCUUGUGUUGGACUUUGAUGUGUACGACAACGUCAAGUGAUACAUGGGGAGGCUAGUGUCAGGCAGUGUGCUGUCCUCCAUGUAUACUUACAAAGUUCAAAGUGAUGUUAUAUUGACUGUGCUGCCAAGUAACCUCGUGGUCAUAGUUUCUCUGGUUGUCAGUUGGACAGUGUUUGUGGUGACUAACAUUUCCCUGGUGCUAAUACUGUACACACAAGGUCGUCAUCAGACACUCACCGUCAUCAUCGUCAUCGUUCACCUCGACUGGGCGGGUUUAGUUAGCAGAUCAUCGUCAUUUCCUUGUGUUGUAAAGUGUCAUCUGAUCUUGCUUUUCUUUGUUGCAGUACGUUCUUCGGCAAACCUGCAUUCAGGUCUUAACAGAGUCUCUUGUCUUCAAAACUCAUUGAGUGUUUUAUUAGUUUGUGUAUUUUUAAGCUUAGUUGAAGAUUGAGUUCUGGUUUGGUAAGGAAAUUGUUUUUUUGUUUUUACAUGUUUUUCUUUGAAGGAGGCAAAUGGAUGGAUUAGAUUUGUAGACCAAGCUAGUGAUGCCUAGACAAGUGUGUGUGUGUGUGUGUGUGUGUGUGUGUGUGUGUGUGUGUGUGUGUGUGUGUGUGUGUGUAAGAGAGGGAGUGAGAAGCUAGAGCAGUUAUCUGGGCCACUGCUUGGUUGCCGGAUCAUCAGCAAUAACAGUCUAAUGCGCCAAAGUCUAAUGAGCAGAGGAGUGAAGGAAGAGCAUGAUUGCUUGUGUGAUGAGCAAGGGAAGAGUGUGAGGGAGGGCAUGUUUGCUUGGGCAGAGUCUGGCUGGUGGUGAGGAUGGCUGGGGCCCAACACGAAAAGCAAGCCCUAGCCAGACCAGGGAGGAGCCUCAGCCAGUCACCUCAAGGCACACCAGUGUUCUCACCUCAAGUACAUAUCACCAAAUGUCUUGCUCAGCGUGUCAGGUCAGAUGUAGUUCACAGAAGCGAUAAUGAAAGGUCAGCAUAAAAACCGAGUUGUAUAUAUAUUUUUAUAUGUACAAUUUUAUUAGUUUAUCAUUUGAUCAAGCACUUUUUAUUUGACACACUCAUGGGCCAUACUGAUGCCAUUUUGUUUGGUUUAUAUAGUAGUGUAGUAGGAUGGUUUUCAAAGCUUGUGAAAUACAGAGGCUUUAUGUUGCGUAUGUUUAGGAGACACUUACCCGCUGGGGUGUGUUUCAGGAAGCAAAUUAUUCCAGAAUUUUAUCUGUGAUGCCUUUAUAUUGAUUCAUGAGUGGCAGUGUUGCCAGAGCCCUGUCACCUUCCUCUCCUGUAGUUCUCGUUCUAUGUUCUGUUCUUUUAUGCCUCAGAUUAUUUUUUAUAAGGGUCUUGUGCCCUCUCAGAAAGAACAGUGUUCUGUAUUAUGUUAUAGGAAGGAUUUAGCUAUGAUGGAGCAUACAUAGAGGUCUAGUCUGCCAUUUCUGUGUUACUUUUUAUUAUUUUUUUCUUCUUAUUAUUAUUAUUAUUUUAUUUUAUUUUUAUUUUUUUCAUGAGAAUUUUUGGUUUAGAAAACAGGAACAGUGAGAAGAGAUGCCAGCAGCGUGGCUUGCAGGCUGUAAGGAAAUGUUGGCUGCAGGGGAAGCAUUGCAUUUCCUCAGGACCUCUUCUCUCUGCAGCAAGAGUGGUGAUGGUGGUGGCAGCCAUAUGGCACAUGAGGCAUUGCACUGCCUGGUGUACCCCUGGGCUGAAUGAAGGCGUGGUGCAGCUAAGCAUGCACUCAUCAGUAUGGGUACUUGCUUCUGCUGGCAUGUUUGUGCAGCAACUAGGCAGCAACUUGCAAACAUUACUGAUUUUGUUCACCAGGAUGAAGUGGCAGGUUUUCGUGUCAUUACCUCGAGGCUUGACACUUUCUUUCCAUUAUACUCAUUUUUGCUUAUUAAAUGACAAAGUGCAUUCUGAAUAUUUUGUCAGUUCCAUUUUGUGUUGAAAAGUUUUGAUUGUUCAGGAAAUAAUUUUUGUUCUCUUUUAGAUGGAACCAGUGUUGGGUUGCAGAGGCUCUUUGUGUUCAGUUUAUACUUUGGAGUGAAGCAUAAGAAGGGUUGCAGUGAAUACUACUUGUAAGCCUAAACUGAGUUCCUGCUCCACUGUAGUGUCACUCAGCCAGUCCCUGGAAGCCAGUCCCUGUCUUGAAACUAGCACGAAUUGUUGCCAUGUAGUAUUGGUUCCUUCCUCGCUUUUGAGAGGAAUGUUAAUGAACAGUGACCUGGAGCAUGGUUGUUUUGCUAAGGGCCUGGAGUGUGUGGCUGACACACAGCCACCCAACCAGUGAGAGGAAGUAACAUUCAAGGGUAACUGUGCAGACUUACUGGGUGAUUCCAUACUGCAAGUGUCACUGAAGGAGAGAAAAGAGAGAGAGUAAACAUUUUUAUAUUGCCUGCAAGACCACCCGUAGUCUCUUAGUCGUGGGUAUAUAUAUUGUAUAUAUAUACAUACUUUACCUGCUGCUGAAUAUUCAUAAACAUUUUGUCACUUACUCAGCCGUCCAUUGUUUAGAAUAUAAAAAUGUGUUAUUUUUCCCAUCUGCGCCGAGGAGUGAGGGGUGCGUGGCCUCGCCUGCCACGCCUCGUCAGGGCUGGGCAUUUGUAAACCUGGAUAAGAAAUAGUUUAGUAUUUUUCUUUUCUUUUGGAAGAGAAAUGAGAUUGCUCAAGUUUUUUUAUUCCUUUAUUUUGAAAAUGUGCAUGUAUGUGUAUAAAUAUUUGUAUAUUUAUACAAGAAGUGCAUGAGAACAGACAAUUCAUCGCCACACACUGAAGAACACAACCCUCACGCCCACCAACACACAGAGAACACAUCUUGAUGCAUAAUACUGAACACCAUGGCAACAGGAAGGGCCGUCGCACGUCCCGCCACUGUAUGCCGUGAGCGCCACACAACACUGGGCUGAAGCAAUUUCUUAUAUUUACAUGAACAUACUUAACCUUAAUGUUUGACUUGGGAAUAUGUGGUCAUUACUGUGUAAUUAUGUUUCACCACUUAGAUGCAUACAAGAAAAUGAGUCAUAACUCUUGGUCCUUGUGGUAAUAAAAUUACUCCUUUUUUUUA